AUGACGCCCGAGCCCAGACUGCCCUUGCCUCUGACACGAACCGGCUUCAUGCUCUCGAACCGCACCGUCCGAGUCGCCAGAUCGAUGACAGGGUUUGCCGCCGCCAGCACAUCCAUGCCCAACAGGAGCGGCACCACCGGCCCAUCCAGGAUCAUCGCUUGGACCCACAACUGCCGGCCCGCCAAAAAUUCCGCGGAAUCUCUCUUUUGCCCCGGAUUUCGACCGGAUUUCGACAUGCUUGUCCGACAUGAUCGCCCCCGCCUGCACCUCCUGAUGCUUUUACCCGGAUUGGACGGCUUGCCUGACAACACGCUGGCCACGCGUUUGGCCACGCGGUUGGCCACGCGGUUGGGCACGCUGUUGGACUCGAGCACUCGGACGGCUGCUGUUGUCGAUGCUGGCGCUGUUGUCGAUGCUGGCGCUGUUGUCGAUGCUGCUGUUGUCGAUGCUGCUGGUGUCGAUGCUGCUGGUUUCGAUGCUGCUGGUUUCGAUGCUGCUGGUUUCGAUGCUGCUGUUGCUGAUGCUGCUGUUUACUAUGCUGCUGUCGUCGAUCCCGAUAUCAUUGUAGUCUCCACUUAG